UUUAUUUCUCUCCUCUACUGCCGAUUUCUUCCUUAGGGUUUGGUUCUCAGAGUACAGGACUGCAUCACUGAAAAUGGUACCAAAGAAGGAGAAAGCUCCCCCACCAUCUUCAAAGCCAGCUAAAUCUGGUGGUGGUAAACAAAAGAAGAAGAAGUGGAGCAAAGGAAAGCAAAAGGAGAAGGUUAACAACAUGGUGUUGUUUGAUCAAGCUAAUCAAUGGGUCGCUUGCAAGGAGAGCUAUCAGGGAUUUGGUGGCCAAAGGUUUGGUCAGACUUGUAUCUGCCCAUUCCAGCCAACAGAUUUACACACGGGCAACCAAUACCUAAUUCUUUGUUAUCUAUGUUGUUCCUUUAGGAAUGCAUUCUUAUGACAAAUUUUGGAUCAGUUCAGUUUUGUGAUAGGCAGAAUUCUAGCUACUGCUGCUUUUGUUAUUAAGACUAUUUUCUGACUAGGUAAUAUGUUUUCUGGGAUUAUUUUAUUUUAAAUGUUCCUUGUUCAAACAUCUCUAACUUCUGCUCCUAUGUUGCUGAAGCUUGGUUAAGUUCCGGUUUCAUGGCUUCUAUCAAAUCCCCGGUUUCAUUGUUAGUCUUUGACCUUGGUCACUACACAUUUGAUUGUUAGCAGGAUUUUAUCUUUGUCCAAAUUUAUGGAGUACUUGAAAGGGUUCUUUGUUCA